GUCGCCAAACGUGAUAGCUUAAUGGUAAAUCCGGGCAGUUUGGUUUCAUGGUUGAGCUUGAAUAAAGCCACUUAGCAAUGAUAUUUUCUAACAGAUUUGUGGGCUCUCAUGUGUGGAUUUCAUCUUUAAAUGCUGGAGAUUUUAUUUCAGUCACAACCGCACAAACAAUAGCUAACAAUGCAGAUGAACCUGUGAGUUGGCUCCUUUGCUGAGAUGGAGCCCCAUGAAAAGCAAACGUAGUGCAACAAGGUUAACGGGAUUAACUUUGCUAAUGCUGCAGAUGGCAUGGCUAAUGCGCGAUGCCUUGUAAAAAAAAAUAAAAUCGAUACAUCCACAUUAAGGUCGUCCUCUACUAUUACACCAAUGUGGCCCUAAGGUGCACUACUGGUUUUGUUCCUCAAGUCUUCUGCGAGAAACUGGACAGUAACCGUCAGUUGCCAUGCGUAUCAGUCUCUGCCAGGGCCUGUUAACCGCCGCCAUCGUCCUCAACCUCCUCAUUCUCUACUAUGUGUCCCGGGCCCAGCAGCAAAUGUUGGAGAAGAGGAAGGACUUCGGCCGGGGCACGAGGAGGGCCGCCCUGCCAGCCUCUGGUCUGGGUGGAGGCCUCGGGGCGCUGGUCGGAGCCGGAGGCGAGCCCGGAGCGGUCGGAGGUGAAGGACACGGUCGCGGCCAACGUGUGACUGUUCUUCUUCGGGAGUUUGAAAACUUUGAGAAUUAUGUCGGGGACGUGGCGAACUCCUUCCUCCACCAGAGACCCGAGCUUCCCUUCUUGGCCGUGGCCGACACGUACCCGUACCCGCCCCUGGUGCUUCCAGAGGGGGCUCGCCUUCUGGUGCUCUCCCCCAGCCCAGACCAGCCGCCUCAAGCUCACAGGCCGGAGUUCCACGUCCAGACGGAGUUUGUGCUGCUGGUGCCUGACGGGGUGGAGCUGGAACAACCUCGCGCCAUCGAGAGGCUGAUCAGGGAGCUGGAAGGAGAGGGUGGAGGUCCUGUGAGGCUGGUAGCUGCACCAGUGCUGGCAAGAUCUGCUGUACACUGUCUGCACCUGCGGGUGAACCUCCGAGAGUGGACCGCCACCUACUCCCCAGCAGCGUCUGGCAGCAGUGGGAGUGUGUGUACGGCUUUACAAGGAGAUGCGAUCGUCCUCAUUCGCACUGAGGACCUUUUUAACCUCUCGGUCCCUCUGGGGCGGCCCCUCUUCUCCUCGCUCUUCGUCCAGACUGCCUUGCGAGGCUGGAAGGUGAAGCUCCUGGAGAGUCCCUGUUUCGCCGCAAACCACCGGCCCCUCUUCAGCUCCGCCCACAACCAGUGGAAGGCCGACACCCGACUGAAGGAGGCCACCGGGAAGCUCAUGAGGAGCUUCGGUCUGAAGCGCCUCCUGCUGCCCGACGGGAAGGAGCAGUGGUUCGGCUGCAGUAAAGAGACGCCUCGCUGCUUCGGCACCGUGCAGGAGGACACCCCAGACUACCUUUACCUGGACCGCUGGACGCCUCCCUGCUGUCUGAGAGCUCUCAGGGAAACCACCAAGUAUGUCAUCAACAUCCUGGAGAACUCGCCUGUACGCUACUGGCUGGAGGGAGGGACUCUGCUGGGCGCCGCCCGCCAUCAGGACAUCAUCCCGUGGGAUUAUGAUGUGGACCUGGGCAUCUACUUGGAGGAUGUACCCAACUGUAGUCAGCUGAGGGACCUGGACUCAGGCUCUCUGGUGGAUGGUAAUGGUUAUGUGUGGGAGCGUGCAGUGGAAGGAGACUUCUACCGGGUCCAGUACAGCGAGGCUAAUCACCUGCAUGUUGACCUGUGGCCGUUCACGUCACGCGAUGGUGUCAUGACUAAAGCCACAUGGACCGAGCACAAACAAGACGUGGAGUUCCCAGAACACUUCCUGCAGCCGCUGGUCCCCAUGUCGUUUGCCGGCAUCACGGCCUACGGCCCAAACAACCACCGAGCCUUCUUAGAGCUCAAGUUUGGAGAGGGAGUGAUUGAGAACCCACAGUAUCCCAACCCUACGAAGAAGAGGCUAGACAGAAGCAGACUAUGAGAGACGAUAGAGACUCCAGAACCCUUUUUAAUGUCGUAGUGUAUUUGUUUACAGACGAUGUUUGCCUCAGUUUGUUUUAAACGGCCUAAAAGAUGAAGCCUGGAAACUGAAAUGGUGCCAAAACGACUGCAUUUGAUUUUAUCACAGCCGGGGCUGCUGUUUGUGUGUUAUUUUCAUUAUCAAUUAAUAUGUUGAUUAUUUUCCUAAUUGAUUGGAUUAAUCAUUUGGUCUAUAAAAUGUCAGAAAUUAGUGAAAAAUGUCCAUCCCAGUUUCUCAAAGUGGUGUCUUUAAUUGUCUUGUUUUUCAGUCAGAAACCUAAAUAUAUUCAGUUUAAUGAUUUUUAAAAAAGAGAAAAGCAAGAAAACUCCAUAUUUGAGAGGCCGAAUUAAGCAAUUUUGCGUUAAAACAUUACCAUAACAAUGUGUUAAAAUAGUUAGCAGUUAUUCCUCUGUUGAUUGACUAAUCAAUUAGUCAACAAGUUCUAACCACAACUAUAUCACGCCUGGUCAAAUGUUCUCUAUUAUCAGUAUUUAGAUGUAAAGACUCAACACU